AUGUCGCCUACCACUAACGGACUCGGCGUCCAGGUCGAGGACACCAAGAUAUGUGUCGUCAUGGUUGGCCUGCCCGCACGGGGCAAGAGCUUCAUCGCACAAAAGGCCCAGCGCUAUCUGCAAUGGCUCACCAUCCCCUCCAAGGUCUUCAACGUCGGUAACUACAGGCGCAACGACGCUCCCCAGCCCACCGCAGACUUCUUUGACGGCGCCAAUGUCGAGGGGGAGCGCAUGCGUCGCGCCGCUGCCGAGGCUGCCGUCUCCGACAUGCUUGCCUGGUUCCGCACCGGCGGUGUCGUCGGCAUCCUAGACGCCACAAAUUCGACAAAGGAGCGCCGCAAAUGGGUCGCCAACACCUGUGUCGGCCACGGAAUCGAGGUCCUCUUUGUCGAGAGCAAGUGCGACGACGAGGAUCUUAUCAUGGCCAAUAUCCGCGACGUCAAGACUACCAGCCCCGACUACCGCGGCCAGGACCCCGAACAGGCCGCCCUGGAUUUCCGCAACCGUAUCAAGAUGUAUGAGAAGUCGUACAAGUCAAUCGAUGAUGACGGAGACGAGGAUGACUACACAUACCUUAAGCUCAUGGACGCUAGCAAACAAGUCAUUAUCAACCGAAUCCAAGACUACUUACAGAGCCGAGUCGUCUACUAUCUCAUGAAUCUCCACAUCCGUCCCCGCUCCAUCUGGCUAUCAAGACACGGGGAGUCGCUCUACAACCUCGACGGAAGAAUAGGCGGUGAUACGCUCCUCUCCCCUCGCGGCGAGGCCUAUGCUAAGAAGCUUCCCGAGCUUGUGAAGCAAUCAGUAGGCGGUGACCGCCCUCUCACCGUCUGGACAUCGACAUUGAAACGAACUAUUGCUACUGCCCGCUUCCUGCCACCAAACUACAACCAACUGCAGUGGAAGGCUCUGGACGAGCUGGACUCGGGUGUAUGCGACGGUCUGACGUACCAGGAGAUCAAGGACCGCUACCCCGACGACUUUGCCGCCCGUGACGACGACAAGUACAACUACCGGUACCGGGGAGGAGAGUCGUACCGUGAUGUCGUCAUCCGCCUCGAACCCAUCAUCAUGGAGCUCGAGCGCAGCGAGGACAUUCUCAUCGUCACACACCAGGCUGUCCUGCGCUGCAUCUACGCCUACUUCAUGAAGAAGGACCAAUCGGCGAGCCCCUGGAUGAACGUGCCACUGCAUACCCUCAUCAAGCUGACGCCCAGGGCCUACGGCACCGUUGAGGAGAGGUGGGAGGCCAAUAUCCCCGCCGUCAGCACCUGGCGUGCCAAGGGAAGCACGGCCAAGCACGAGAAUCCCAACCCAGAGGGGAUGUAG